ACAACAGUUUAGCGCAUUUUGCUGUGCAGUCAGUCCAUUCCAAAUAGUUGUGUUGUUGAGAUGUGAUACGGUUUCUUUGUCUCGCGAACACUGUUUGUUAACUCGUUGCCUAACUCGUGGCCAUUGUUCGUAAACAAAUUGGAAUUAACAGUCUCAUAUUCCAAAUUCCGCAUCGGAUGUCGCAUCGCUGAACAUUCUAAACCAGGUCAUCGAUCAUGGAAGCGAAUGAGAAUUCACUGGAAACAAGCUUACGCAAUCGAAAGUCACAAAAGAAAAGCAAAACUUCGACUGCAGAAGAAGUGCGAUAUACGGAAGAAAAGCUGAUUGACGAGGUUGAUGAAAAAUCACCAAAGAACAACAAAAGACUUCAACCGAUAAGCGAGGAACCAGACACAUUGAAAUCACACGCAGGCGACGGUAAUUGCGACAAUAAUGACGAAUUUGUCAUUCGAGUUCAACUGGAUGGUGCUUCCGUCAUUCUCUUUCUGGUCUCAUUUUUGACACGGUUCUACCGGAUAACCCAUCCCAACGGAGUCGUGUUCGAUGAGAUUCAUUAUGGCCGCUUUGCAUCCUUGUACCUUCGGAACACAUUCUACUUUGAUCAGCAUCCUCCUCUGGGCAAGAUGCUGAUAGCCGGAGCCGCCAGUGCGGUUGGAUACGGUGGCAAGUUUGAGUUCCCGAAAAUUGGAAGUGAAUACGAUGCGUCCGUUCCAGUUUUUGCCUUCCGCUUCAUUCCUGCUUUGUGUGGAAGCUUACUGGCCCCCGUGGUGUACGGCAUCUUGCGGCAGAUUCGACUAAGACAAAGCAUUUGUGUAAUCGGAGGAUUUCUCAUCAUUUUCGAUAACGCCCUGCUGACCCACUCCCGAUUUAUUCUCAUGGAACCAAUGUUGCUGCUUUUCUCCAGUGUUGGCAUAUUGUUUGUAUUGAAAUUUCUUAACAGUGACCCGUUCAGCAGUCGUUGGUGGACUUUUGGCGCUCUAGCAGCCACCUCCCUGAUGGCUGGUGUUUGUGUCAAAUACAUUGGAUUCUACAGCUACAUUCUUGCAUGCUAUAUCAUCGGUCGUCAUGUGUGGAUGCAGCUUCCCGAUCGUUCAAAGUCCAACAGUUACCUAAUCGUCAAAACUAUCCUGACAGCUGCCCUAUUCUUUACAAUUUCCUUCGGUUUUUACAUUGGCUGCUUUUAUAUCCAUCUGAACAGCCUAUAUAAGGCGGGUCCUCAUGAUAGUGUGAUGACCAGUGCCUUCCAGGCAUCCUUAGAAGGCGGUCUUGCAUCGAUUACCAAAGGACAACCUUUACGAAUACAACAUGGUUCGCAGAUCACCUUGAAACACACGCAUGGUCGAGUUUGCUGGCUUCACUCACAUGCGCAUGUCUAUCCUAUCAAGUACAAAGACGGUCGAGGUUCCAGUCAUCAGCAGCAGGUCACUUGCUACGGAUUCAAGGAUGUGAACAAUUGGUGGAUCGUGAAACGACCGAACAAGGAAAAUAUUGCUAUUGAAGAUGAGCCGGACUACAUCGAAAACGGAGACAUUGUCCAGUUGGUUCACGGUGUGACAAGUCGGGCCUUGAACAGCCAUGAUGUGGCUUCACCGAUGACUCCAUUGAGCCAAGAGGUUUCCUGUUACAUCGACUACAAUAUAUCGAUGCCAGCAAAUUUACUCUGGAAGGUUGAAAUUAUAAACGCCAAGGACUCCCGGAAUAAGUGGAAUGCAAUUACUUCUCAGGUACGAUUAGUUCACGUCAAUACAACGGCUGCUUUGAAAUACACCGGGGAACAACUAGGCGAUUGGGGUUUCCACCAGUUUGAGGUGGCAGCAGACAGAAGACAGUACACCAUUGACACUAUUUGGAACGUCGAGGAACAUCGUUACACCCAGGAUAAGGAUAAGAAGGAUGUGCUAGAGAAAUUACUGAAAACCGAGAUGAUACCUACGGAGCCGACAAAAUUAUCUUUUUGGGAAAAGUUUUCUGAACUGCAGAUGAAGAUGCUGUUUCACACCGAGAAGAUGGAAGGUCACAUGUAUUCAUCCGAACCGUUCGAGUGGCCAUCAAUGGACAAAGGCAUAGCCUACUGGGUCGAUGGAACAUCCAACGCACAAAUACAUCUUCUUGGUAACUUAGUUACCUGGUACUCAGCAACAAUAGCCAUAGCUGCGUACAUUGGUCUACUCGUGUUCUACUUGAUUCGACGACGACGGCGGUUUUUCGACCUUGACGAAAACGAAUGGCAACAAUUUCGCUUCGGAGGCGAAAUCUUCCUGGCCGGGUACUUCAUUCACUAUUUGCCAUACUUUUUCAUGGAACGUACACUAUUUCUGUACAACUAUUUACCGGCCUUAGUCUACAAGAUACUUCUCUUAUGCUUUGUACUGGAACACAUCCAACAGAUGAUCAAGAAGCUUAUCAAAGUGCGACUCGUUUCGUUGAUUUUCUCUACCAUUCUAGCCUUUUGGACAGCUGGUGUUCUCUAUUUCUACUCCAAGUAUAGUGUUCUUAGCUACGGCACAACCGAGCUUAGUGCGGACGAGGUUCUAAAGCUACGGCUCAAGGAUACUUGGGAUCUGAUUGUUCACAAACCUUGACGGAAUGAAGCUUACCAGCUUGGAUACUAUUAGCUUUUAUUGUGUACAU